AUGAAUAGUGGAGGUAAGACUGUUAUGAACAAGAACUCGGCAGGCUCGGUAUCUGAAACUGGCGCGGGCCCAGCACAGGAAGACACCCCUAGAGACGUGCGUCUUCUGCAUUUACUGCUAGCAUCGCAGUCGAUCCAUCAAUAUGAAGACCAGGUGCCGCUGCAACUGAUGGACUUUGCACAUAGGUACACACAGGGCGUGCUCAAGGACGCCCUGGUCUACAAUGAUUACGCCGGCAGCGGCAAUUCUGCUGGUAGCAGCCUAGGCGUGGAGGACAUACGGCUGGCCAUUGCUGCCAGGACCCAGUACCAGUUCAAGCCCACAGCACCCAAGGAGCUCAUGCUGCAGUUGGCAGCCGAGAGGAACAAGAAAGCCCUACCGCAGGUCAUGGGCACAUGGGGUGUCAGGCUGCCUCCAGAGAAGUACUGUCUCACAGCGAAGGAGUGGGACAUCGAGGACCCGAAGUCUGCAUAA